AUUAUUGAAAUCAUCGGACCAGUCCUGUUCAUCAUGUAUAAGUUGAUAAAUUCUUGCUCAAAAUCAAGAUUGAUACCCCUUUUAUCUGAGUCAACCUUGUAUAAAUCAGCAAAUUGGGUUUUGGGUAAAUAUUCAAGGAGUCAUAGUAGUAGUGAAUCAUCAUCAUCAACAGAUGCAGAUAGAGAAGCAAUUAAUUAUGAUGUGGUGAUAGUUGGAGGUGGACCAGCAGGUUUAUCAGCAGCUAUUAGGGUCAAACAAUUGUGCCAACAAAAGGAUGCUGACUUAUCAGUUUGUGUUGUAGAGAAAGGAGCUGAAGUUGGUGCUCAUAUCCUGUCAGGAAAUGUAUUUGAGCCACGGGCACUUGAUGAACUCUUUCCCCACUGGAAACAGGAAGAGGCUCCAGUUGAUGUCCCUGUUACUUCUGAUAAUUUUUGGCUGCUUUCCAAAAAUCAUACCUUUUCACUUCCAAGCCCAUUUGAUAAUAAUGGUAACUAUGUCAUAAGUUUGAGUCAGUUGGUUCGUUGGCUGGGGCAGAAAGCUGAAGAACUAGGAGUUGAAAUAUACCCAGGUUUUGCUGCUAGUGAGAUUUUAUGCAACGAACAUAACGAGGUUACUGGUAUUGCUACUAAUGAUAUGGGAGUGGCUAAAGAUGGUUCCAGAAAAGAGAACUACCAGCGUGGUGUUGCACUGAAGGGCAAGUUCAGGCGUGUUAAUCUCCUUGCAGAAGGAUGUAGAGGAUCUUUAUCAGAGAAAUUGAUCAAGAAGUACAACUUGAGAGAGAAAGGGCAGGGGCAACAUCAGACCUAUGCUUUAGGAAUUAAAGAGGUCUGGGAGAUUGAUGCAGACAAACAUCAACCUGGUUCCGUGCUUCACACAGUUGGUUGGCCUCUGGACCAGAAGAGCUAUGGAGGUUCCUUCUUGUACCAUAUGAAAGACAGACAGGUCGCUGUCGGCCUUGUGGUUGCUCUAGAUUAUCAGAACCCUUUCUUGAAUCCUUAUGAAGAAUAUCAGAGGUUUAAACGUCAUCCUGCUAUUAGACCGCUUCUUGAGGGUGGAACUGUUCUCCAAUAUGGUGCUCGGUGUUUAAAUGAAGGCGGUUUUCAGUCUAUUCCAUAUCCAGUUUUCCCUGGUGGAGCAAUUAUAGGAUGCUCAGCUGGCUUCUUAAAUGUACCAAAGAUUAAGGGCACUCAUACAGCUAUGAAAUCAGAAUGCAGGAAGAAAGAGAAUAUGUCUUUUAAAGGAGCACUAGCUUGGCCGGUACUGGAGCAAGAAGGGAGCUGCCGGAAAUUGGACGCCGGAAAGGCACCCAAGUUCAGAAUUUCUGAUGAACACACUAGGAGAAGGAAGAAUUUCCUAAACACAUGUUUGGUUGGGAGUUUCGUUGAGUGGGUUGGGCCCCCAGAAGCCAUCAGAAACUGGGGGGCUGAGGCUUGGGGCGUAAGUAAUGGUCUGAAAAUAUCACUUUUAGGAGACACACAGUUUUGGUUUAGAUUUUUUGGUGAAGAAGAAGCAUGUCGGGUACUUUACGAAGGCCAAAGAUGGAUGGAAGGACGAUUUCUGAAGUUGGAAAUGUGGUCUGAAAUGUUCGGGUGUGCAGAUUCAAACUUCGCCGGCAACAUUGCCACCAUAAACCUAGCGGGCGUGCCUAUACACUUGUGCUACUUUGAUUUUUUCAGGAAAGUUGGAGAUAUUUGUGGUGGCUUUAUGGAUGCCAUCUUCAGUAUGCAUGACCUAACAAGGGUAAGAAUGGUAGUGAAAAAGGCGGUAAGACUUCUAGUGUUUAUGGUGCUAGACGAUGGUGAGUUGGGGUAUAAGGUGUGUGCUUUCCUGGAGUUUGAAACUCAGGUAUUUUCUGUAGAUGGAUAUGGGGAAUACGAAGAAGAGAAAAGGGGAAGCGAGUAGAAAGGGUUAGCAUCGAUGGAGGGUUUAGAUCUAGGUUUUGGUCCAUAACUGGUAGGUCGGUAACCACUAGUAGCUAGGAUAAGAUUGAUGAGCAUUUUGAAUUGGGAGAAAAGGGGCCUCUGAAGGCAAUAUGACCCUAUUGCCCUCCUUUAAGUGAAUCACAGUUUACUAAUUAUAAUGGGUCAGACCGGCCUUUUUUCAAAAAAUCGACCAGUCUAGUGGUCCAAAAGAGAGAUCUUUUUCUAUCUAGGGCUCGCACAAGUUCACUUUAGGUUGCUGGAAAAAGCCAUUAACGUCAAAAAAUACUCCGGCGAUGCAGCUGCAUGCAAAAUCUCAAGGAGAAGGGGAAUGGGGGGUCGCAAUCCUGUGACAAGGCUCAUAACCAUCUAGGCUCGCAUGUUUCUUGUCCAAAUACCUCAGUUCUAGCUCUGUCUGCCAUGGAAGCUUUGGAUAAAGCUUGAAAGCUUGGGAGGAAGUCCUGAAAGCUAAGUUGCUCGAACUCGGGUGCGGGUGUUGGAUACGGGUACAGAUCUAGAUGUCGGGUUCUUCAUGAUCUAAAUUUUAAGAUUCGGGGAUAUGGUCCAAAUAUGGAUUUGGGUGGUAGGGAUUCGGCUAAAAAUAAUUCAAAUAUCAAAAAAUAGAGUUAUAUAUCUAAAUUAUGAGACAUUAUGUGGAAAAGUUAUAAGGUAUUCUGAGGAGAAAAUAUUGAAUAAGAGGAGAAUCCUAGGAGAUUUAAGGAAAAGGACUGACAUAGAAAUUUCUAUAUGCAAGGUAUUCCAUUUUCUUUAAUUUCACCUUAGCUUUAGUUUUGAUUACAAAAAUCAUUGUAUCUGUCCCAAAUUUCUACAUUGAUUUUGGUCAAAAUACCCAAAAUUGGUUGACCAUACCCAGUACGGAUCCCAUAACCACACCCACACUCACGCGGUGUCGUCACGAGUGCGACACCGAAGUGAAAGAGUCCGAGCAACUUAGCCUGAAACCGCUGAAAUGGCAGAAAAGCAAAGUAAUAUAGGCAAGAGUGGGUGCGAGCUACUGUUUCGACACCCAGACCCACUUUGGUAGGUAUGCCGGCGCGGGCAGAUGCCCGUAAUUCGGUUGGGUCAAAGCCAGGUGGCUCUGAAUUUUUUCCUCAACCCAUUUCUUCAGUGACCUUGAAGUCUAGUAAAGGUAUAAUUCCGGAGCUCUCAAGAUAGUAGGAGAAGGGUCUGAAAGGGGUCAACCUAUUUUGGGAAGUUCGGAGGGGCUAAAUGUUGUUUCGAGGUAUCUUCUUAUAAAGCCUUAUUACAAAGGAAAAGAGAUCGGGAAAAGAGCGACAGGAAAGCCAAAACUAAAGAAAACAUAAAAAAAAAAAAAAAAAAAAAAAAAGGAAUCCACUGAUCCCGGUCAUCCCAAGAACCUUCCGCCAACCAAUAGCUUGAGCAAAUGGGUCCCAUCAUAAGGAGCCACUCCUCUCCCCCCAGCUUCCAUCUUAACGGCACGAGCAGGACAAGUAAUCCAAGUUUUCACAGUACUACCAGAUAGGAAGGAAAACCCACCUCAAAAUCUAAAACCAACAAUCAAAUGCGUAAUAUAACUAGAGUAAUAUGAAGUAGAGACGAGGCCUAGGGUUGUUCUCCUCUCCUAGAUAUGAGUCUAAAAGAUUUAAUACUAAUCAAGCUUACUUAUGUAAUUGGUCUUAUCAUGGCCAUCAAUCCUAAGAUAACCACUCACUAUUCCUCAAUUUUAAUUGGUCUAACCUUAUUUAACUUCCUCAAGUUAAUAGAAUUGCAAUAAAAUCAUUGACUUAUACCUAUUAAUGGAUAAUAUUUGUUAUCUUUUAGUUUAGGAGUUUGUUACUAGUUCCCAUUUUCUAGCUAUCUGCUGGUUCAAUAUUACAUAGAUAAUUUUCUUGUAUUCUAGUACACAUUUGAUUCAUUUAGGACUUCUGAUAGUUUCCUGUAUUUUAGUAUUUUUGUUGCACUCGUCUUUUGCGGUCCGCACUUGGUGAGUGCGGCCAACACCGUACUCAACAAUCUUCUUUUGGCUUUAACUUGAUCUUUUUCAGCUUUUUCCUUAUUUAAUCCAGUUAAUUACUUCAAAACCUGAAAUAAAGCACUUCCCAUUCGACUUUAGCAUCAAAUAGUCACUUUCCGACUAAAAAAAUAGUAAAAGACAGUAAUAAGUGGGUAAACAUUAUCACUUAUCAACCUCCAAGUAAAGUAGUGAUGCAGUUCUCUUUCAAAAAUAGGUUGAAAAGGAAAGGGUCUUUUGAAUCAACGAGUAUGAGAAAAUCAGGGUUCAAGUUCUCGGUUAAAUUCUUUUUCCUUUUCCUGAAGAUGCAUACACCUAUAUUCAAUAGAAAGAGAGCUGGCGAGGGCUCAUGCAUUGUUCAGCGCCAACCAGGAAGUCGGGGUUAACUGUGUUUCAUCAGCAACCUAGGGCAAUAACUUCUUAUAAAGAUCAUAUGCAUUUUGAUUAUUGUGGAAAGUCAAGUCAUACAAAAGAGACAUGUUGUAAGCUUCAUGGUAGACCAACUAGAGGUCAUGGAGGAAAACAAUUAGGUUCAUCAAGGGGCUUGACUAAUAUUGUAUUACUAGUUACAUGAGGCGCAAACACGAAAUAUAAAAAUAUUUAUAUUUUAAUUAAAGAAGUAUAAUUUGUAUUGUAUUUUCUGUAUCGUAUUUUCUUUGUCGAAUAAUUAAUACGACUUAGUGGCAUUUAAAUAUGUAUUAUUGAUAUGUCUUCAUAGUUAUCAAAGUUUCAUAGCUACCUAAUUAGAUAAUUUUUAAACAAAAGUUUAUUUAUGAAGGAGAAAGUUUGGUAGGAGAAUGAGUAGUGACUCGGCAUUCUGUAAAGUAAUAUGAGUUAAAUUAUGUAAAUUAAUUACAAUUCAGUGGUUCAGUUGGUUGAGCAUGGGAUUUCCAUAAUGGAGGUCGAAAUCCCCUGUCUACGACAGCAGGGGAUUUGCCUUCUGGGCCGAACUCGUCGCACGGGGCUUGCCUAGUACGGGUUAUCUCUCCUAUGUGGUUUUUGGUCUAUUCACAGGAGGGGGGUUUAUCCUGUGUGCACCCAAAGGGUAGCGGUUGCGGGUUCCCUUAUUAUUAAAAAAAAAAUAAAUUGAUUUUUCUUUUAUGAAUUUGUGAGUAUAUAAUCUCUUUAUUUAUAAAAAUGGAUUUUUUUGUACUUAUUGAGUUUUAAUUCUACUCAUGAUAAUUCAUGUUGCAAGAGUUUAUGCUACUUAAAGAUAUUAAUUGAAACGGAGAGACAGAGAGAGUAAUUAGUAAGAUCUAAUAAAUGUUCUAGUUGAAAACGAAAAUAUGGCUCCAAAGUUUUCUAAAUUUUACCUAUAUAUAUUAUGACAAAUAAUGUAAAGAGUAAUCUAAUAUUUUUUUCGGCCCAUAUUAUAUGGUGUUUUAGCUUGGACAAAACCCCUUAAAAAGUCACUUACUCCUAAAAAGAAAGAGUGUUUUCACUAAAUUACGCUUAAUUAAUACCUAUUUAAUAUGAGUUAUUGGUUAUGUCAAAAUUCACUUACCCAAAUAGGAAUACUUUUAUAAAAAAUAUAUUAUCUUCUUGAUUAUAUAAAUAAUUAUCUUUCUCGGAUUAAAUAAAAAAGUUAAAAAUAUCAUAUAAUAUAAAUGGAAAACAAUAAAAGACAAUAAGAAAUUCAUAAAAAAAUACUGACAAUAUUGCGUAAAAGAUCCAAUAGGCAAUAGCCACGGCCCACUUGUACAGCAGCAGGAUGAAAAAUUACAUUGUAAUGCCACGGUGUGUAACGACCAGUUUGGUUGUUAUUGCAUUUUCAUCGUUUUUGCCCCGUUGACUCAUCCCCGAGCCUUGUUAGUACUAUUUUGACCUGCGGGAACAGGUGGCACAGUUCCCUAUGCAUCAUUUUGUGUUUUGGAAUGAAUUUUUAGAAAUUUGGCCAUAAAGCAAAAACCGUUUGACUCGAAGUUGACUUUUGGGUAAACGUGCCCGUAAUUGAAUUCCAACAGUUCCAUUAGGUCUGGGGGGUGAUUUAUGACAUAGUGGUAUCAUUGGUUUGGUUCCCGAAGGGUUCGGGUGUGAUUUGGGUCAUUAGUUAAGAAACUGGUUAAGUUAGAAUUGGAGUUGACCAACAUCGGGUCAAGAUGAUCCCGUGUCGAUGUUUUGGAAGUUCCAAUAAGUUUGAAUGAUGAUUUUGGACAUGUCCACAAAGUUUGGUUAGAUUCCAAUGAGUUUUGGAUAAAUUUGGGUUGUAUGGUGAUUGUUUUCGUUUUCGAUGUCGAUUUGAGCAUAAAGGGUACCAUAUUGAGCAAACGGCCUUUGAUUCGUGUUUCGACUGAACUAUUAUAUCCGUAUCGUAAUUUUGGAACCAUAGCAACUGAAAUCAUCAAGUUUCGACAUCGUAUGAGGGAUUUAUGGUCAUUUUACUAAGAAUUGGGUUGCCAGAUUUUUCAGAUUAAUUACGAAAAUGCCACUGAAUUCGUAUUUAAAAAUCUGCACUAUUUCAAAUAUUGAAACUUCCAUAUCUCCUUCAUUAUAAGGUCAAAUGGAGUGAUUCAAAAGCCUAAAUUGACUGGAAUUUCACAAGGAAUCCAUUGGAGGCAUCAAAAGCGAGUUUCGGGAUCGUUUGGCACAAGAAACGAGGCAGAACAGCUGGGCGUUUUUGGCUAUUAAUGUUGUUGGAGUUUUUCUCAUCUUGGAAGUUUGGGUUUGGGAGAAUUCAGGGAUGUUCUUCAGGUUUCUUCCAUGGG